GAUUAUGGUGCGGUGCUCAAUGGCACCCCAAUCCCAUCGGAUCCGAUGCCAACAUCGCCUCCUCGGCCUAUCAGGGAGGAGAUGUUGUUCCACGACCGCUUCGUUGAAUACAUAUACCCACGCGUCAGGAGGGCGCUACGGGCUGGAUUUGAGCAGAACCCUUCCCUCACCGCUACUGCGAAUCACGAGGCGGUUACCUUCGAUGGUGGCUCAGCAGCAAGCUUGCUUGACCAGUUCAAGCCAGACACGGCGAUCCUCAGAUCUUCCGACACUUUAGGCACCGGAGACAACCGUGCCCCUGGAGAUUUAAAGGUCUCCUGGAAAUGGAAAUCAGAGUGGAGAACAACUACGGAUGCGCAAGACGCCAGGGAAUACAAGCAAGCGCUCUCGCAGCUGAACUACUACAUGGUCCAGAACAAGACAAAGUACGGAUUUAUCGUGACAGAUACUGAGCUUGUACCUGUGAAGAGAUUGGCGCAAAGUGGUCAUUUGGCGGUGGGGAACGCUAUUCCUUGGACUGCGAAUGGGAACCAGUUGACUGUUCGUCUAGGCAUUUGGUACAUUUCAAUGCUGGCAGCAAGAAAUGACUGGCAACUAUGA